AGGCGGAGUUGGGCUGAUCGUGUUCCUUUGCUCGGAGCAGCGCUGAUCGUGUUCACACUGACCGGCAGCAUGGCAGGAGACAGCGAGGCCGAUCUGGAGCACCGUGAACCCGAGCACACACACACCAUCCGACAGCCUUUCCUCAUCGGGGUGGCGGGGGGGACUGCCAGCGGAAAGUCAUCCGUGUGUGCUAAGAUUAUGGAGCUUCUUGGCCAGAAUAAAAUUGAAAAUCACCAAAGGCAGGUGGCCAUCCUGAGUCAGGACAGUUUCUACAAGGUACUUACCCCAGAACAGAAGGCCAAGGCACUUAAAGGACAAUACAACUUUGAUCACCCAGAUGCAUUUGAUAAUGAGUUAGUGGUAAAGACAUUAUGUGACAUCAUGGAGGGAAAAACAGUUCAGAUCCCAGUCUAUGACUUUGUAACCCAUUCCAGGAAAAAGGAAACAGUGACAGUGUACCCGGCUGACGUGGUGCUGUUCGAAGGUAUUCUCAUGUUCUACUCACAGGAAAUUAGGGAUCUCUUUCAGAUGAAACUAUUUGUCGACACAGAUGCUGAUACACGACUUUCACGCAGAGUGUUGCGAGACAUCAGUGAACGUGGACGAGACCUGGAGCAGGUCUUAAGUCAAUAUAUCACAUUUGUGAAGCCUGCGUUUGAAGAGUUCUGCUUGCCAACAAAAAAGUAUGCUGAUGUGAUCAUCCCAAGGGGAGCUGAUAAUCUAGUUGCCAUUAAUCUGAUAGUGCAGCACAUCCAGGACAUUCUGAACGGUGGCUUGACCAAACGAUUGAACGGAUGUCUUAAUGGCCACGCUACUCCUCGCAAAAGGCAGCCAUCUGAGUCAAGCAGCAGGCCACACUGAUAUGUCCUACAAGGGAACCAGAGAAGAGUGACAAUGGACUUAAAGAAGGGUUAUGUGUAUAUACUGACAAUUUGCAAACUGUAUUUAAAACUAACAAAAAAAAUCAAGAAAUGCCUUCUUUGACUUGCUACAGUGUUAUCGAUUUGUGUUUUGAUUUUUAAAUGACUGCUGCACUUAUUUGUGAAGGGGAAAGUGUUCCUUGCUGAAAACAACUAGUUAAAGCUAUUUUUCUUGUCAUAAUAAUUUGUGCAUAUUUUAUACGUCUGGCCCCAGAUUAGGAGUGUUUCUAAAAAUAAUAAUAAUCAAGUACGGGUCAUUUCAGAAUUUGCCAAAGGGACAGAGCUGGGAUAAGCCUUCACUAAGAUUUAUGACUUGAAUAGAACAACAAUGAAAACAACAACAACAACAAAAAGUAUGAUCAAGGUUAAAGUACAUCCUUUUUCCUGUUUGUUGUAAUAUUAUUGCCCUGUAAGGAUUUUCGGCUUCUUUACUGUCUCCUAAUGUUUAUUGCAAGAGAAAAUUUACUUUAUUUUAAAUGAUGAAUGAAUUCUUUUGUUAACAUCCACAUAUACAUAGUUCAGGGCUUGUAUUGUAUCUUGGACUGUAAAAUAACACUCAGUGGCUUAUUACGAACAGUAUGUUAACAUGACAGAGAUACUUGCAAACAGACAAAGAAGAGAUUGGAUGUUUCUCCAGCUCCUAUGCAGCAUGUCGAAAGACAGUUUCUUUUAACACAGAUCAAAGUAUAUGCAGAUUGAGUAAAGAAACCAAGAACUCAUAUGAUUGUCCUUGCUCUACUGUAUUCAAUGUCAUGUUUUCACUCCUUUUAAACAACACUCAGAGGCUGAAAAAUACUGCAAAAAUACUGAUUUAAUUUAACAGAAUUGAUUUCUUUCAGAUAAUUAUUGAUUUAUGCAAACAUAAUGCACUUCACUCAGUAUGUAUUUUUUUUUCAACUGAACACGUUUAGACACAUUUAUUAUUAUUAUUAUUAUUAUUAUUAUUAUUUUGCAGAAGGUAAUAGCAUCUUCUGUUUUUUUUUCCUAACUCAGGAUCCCAUGUUUAUGCAUGAGAUUUACGCAGGGACUUAGGCAUUGGACCAGUGACUUUUCUUCUUCAUUUUCCUUUUAUAAGGGCUCAUCAAUACUAAACCUCUUCUGACAGAAUAGUCCUGUCCUGACUAUAAAAAUUGUAUCUCUAAUAUUUGUUUAUUAUUUAUUAUGUUCCAAAUCUCAUUACUCGCAGAAAUGACUCAGUACUGUAGAUGUUCCUGCAUUGUCCUUUCUGUGUUGGCAUACACUUUUGCUGUGGUACAGGGUAACUGGUAAAAUGGCUGAACAGUGUAAUGCGAAUGUUCUACCAAUUUGAGGUGGUUGUGUAAACCAGUAAAUUUAUAUUCAAUUGUUAUUUGAAGGCUGUAGUUCAAUUUAAAAACAAAAGUGCCUGCUCUCAAGGCCAAAUGGAAAAUCAUUUAUUUGUGGUGUUAAAAGGACUGUUUAAUUUGUUCCCAUUAAAUACAAUUUGUGUAACUAA